UCAGCAUAAAAAAGAAAAAAAAAAAUUCCCAACUGAUUAUGUCGUUGUUAGCUGCCAUCAAGUCAUCUGUGACUUACAGUGACCACAUGUACAACAUGGGAUCGCACUAUAAUGAUCCACAGGGUUUUCAUUCACUGAUAUUCCGGAGUAGUUUGCCAGGCCUUCCCUUCUGCUCCAUCUUAGUCUGGAGGCUCAGCUGAGACCAUUCAGCAGCAUUGAAACAAGCAAGCCUCCAUCGAUAGAUGGGUUUGUGGCUGCACAUGUGGUGCCUCAGCUGGGAAACAACCAGGUCCACUCUGAAGGCAAGAUUUCUAUCACUGAACUAGAAUGGAAUUAGAAUUAUACAGUUAUAGUUUAGACUCCGAGUCUGCUGCUCUUGCCAAAUCACCACCUACACCCUUCUCUUUGCAGAGAAACCAUUUCUCAGUGCAUCCUUUCACGUCAACUGUAACCAUGGAGCUGAACAGCAGUGUGACUGAGUUCAUUCUGUCUGGGUUAACACAGGAUGUUGUGAAGGAGAAAAUAGUGUUUGUGGUCUUCUUGUUUCUCCACCUUGCAACUCUGCUGGCGAACUUAUUUAUUGUUAUGACCAUCAGAUACAGUCAGAUGUUAGGGGGCCCCACGUACUUCUUCCUUUUCUACUUGUCCUUUGCUGAUGCCUGCUACUCAACAACCACAGCUCCCAGGUUGAUUAUAGAUGCUAUAUCUAAGAAGAAAGUCAUCUCCUACAAUGAGUGCAUGACUCAGAUUUUUGCUGCCCAUUUUUUUGGGUGCAUGGAGAUCUCCGUGCUCAUACUCAUGGCCUUUGAUCGCUAUGUGGCCAUUUGCAAACCCCUGCGGUACACAACCAUCAUGAGCCAGUGUGUCUGUGAUGAAUUUUUGAAUCUGGCUUGGGUGGGAUCUCGCAUCCAUUCAUUAGUACAGAUUUUCUUGGUUUUGAAAUUACCCUUCUGUGGCCCCAAUGUUAUUGACCACUAUUUCUGUGAUGUACAACUUUUGUUGAAACUUGUCUGCAUGGAUACUUAUGUCAUAAAUCUACUCAUAGUGUUUAAUAGUGGGGCCAUAUGCAUGGUGAGUUUCAUAAUCCUGAUCAUCUCCUAUAUUUUCAUCUUAUGCUCUCUGAGUAACAAGAGCACAGAAGGAAGAAAGGAAGCCCUCUCUACCUGCACUUCCCACAUUAGUGCUGUCAUCUUAUUCUUUCUUCCGUGUAUAUUCACAUACACUCGCCCUCCAAUCACAUUUCCAGUGGACAAGAUGGUGGCUGUGUUUUACACUAUUGGGACACCCUUGCACAACCCUCUGAUUUAUACUCUGAGGAACGCAGACAUUAAAAAUGCCAUGAGAAAGUUAUGGUGGGACAAGCUAUGACUUGAGGUGGCAAAGAACAGAAGAUUGUACUUGUUAAUUCUGUCACAAUUUAAAUAAAAUUGGAUUUAUUGAGGAGAAAAAGUAUUCUUAUCCUGAUGUAGGCAAUAGCAUUAUCUCCCAGAAGUAUGUCUGAGGACAUUGGUAGAGUCAGCACAGACCCAUUUAUUUUGAGCCAAUGUCACAUAAAGUAACAGAACAUCAAGUACGUUAAUAUUUGUGGCAGCACAAGCCCACUCCCCACUUGUGUUCUCUGGGGUUAUAAUCCUUGUUCUCUUGCAGUAUGUGAGCCAGAUCGUGUUGUGUAUAUGGCUUCACCUCACUCUUUUGUGCAUUCUGGUUUGAGCUUCUUUCCUCCAUGGUUUUCACCCAAGUUUGAUAAUUUGUCCCUAUUUCUGGCUGAUUUAUUUUGUUGGCAAAUAAGUUUUGGCACUACUGAAUCUGGUCUUUUCUGGCUCAACAGUCAGUAGGGUAGGGUCACCAUGAGAAUCUCAUAGGAGCAUACAUAUAAGCUAAUUAAGCCCUUAUUGGUGCUUGACUCCCUUUUGUAAAAUCCUUAAAAAAAUAAAAAAAGAACAUCCUUUUACUUCCCUCUUGAGCACAUACAGUGAGCAACUCAUGAACUUAUAUUCAAAUAAAGACAAUUCCAGUUGUAAUAAAUAUUAACUGCAU